AAUCGCAUUGCAGUCAUUGCACUCUGCAGGAAAUUUAAGAAACUAAGGAUCUUGUCUAUGGUCAACCCCGGUUGACAUUUUAUAAUUUUCGCGAGAUUUUUUCCAAUUUUACAAAUUUUCAGCCAUCUGUGUUCUAUUUUAAGACUAAUGACUGAUAAGAGUUUCAUGAGUUCCUCUGUUAUUUUCUGGUGUGUCAUGUGUGUAGUCAGCGCGUGUAAAGCGUCGGCAUGAGAGUUCUAUGAAUAGUGCGGAGGUAGCUUCGUGAGGGUUGUGGUCGGGACAGUUUGGUAAUAUGCAAUGGAUAUACAAGGGCUGGAAGAGGCGAUGGCUGUGGGUGCUGUUAGUGGCCGCGUUGUGCCCGCUGGUCUUGGUCCAGAAGAUCGGUGACCCGUACGAGAUCCUUGGGAUCUCCCGCCGAGCGACGCUGGUGGAAAUUCGCAAGGCUUACAGGCAAAAGGCUAAAGAAUGGCAUCCUGACAAAAACCUUCACCCAAAUGCGGAGUCUCGUUUUGUAGAAAUCAAACAGGCAUAUGAGCUGCUCUCAGACACAGAGAGAAGGCAAGCUUAUGACCAGUAUGGAAUCACAAAUGAAGAUGAACACCUCUACAAGCAGAGACAUGAUUACAGUACUUAUGCUCGGUUCAGCACUGACCCAUUUGAAGAGUUCUUUGGAAACCACUUCAGAACUCAAGACCAAGACAUCACAUUAUUUCAUAAGCUUUCAGUCACUGCUAAGCAUUUCGAAAACAACAUAAUGGAGAAAUCAGUCCACACUCCAGCCCUAGUCCUCUUUUACACCGACUGGUGUUUCGACUGUGUACGAGCGGCGGCCUUCUGGAGGAGGCUAGUCGAAGCGUUACAACCGCUCGGUGUGACAGCGGCCACGGUGCACGCCGGGCAUGAGGCGAGCUUGGUUAGGAGGAUAGGCGUGCACGGGGUGCCGUGCCUUACGCUGGUUCUUCAACAACAUGUUUACAUUUAUAAGGAGAGUCUCAGCUCUAUGCCGAAGAUAUUAGAAUGGAUCCGCUGGAAGUUUCCCUACAAGCUCGUUCCCCGAGUGACUGACUCCUCUCUGACCAGCUGGCUUGGAGACUUCGAAGACAACAAGGUCAAAGCGCUCAUCUUUGAGGAGCAACCUACCAUGCGCCUACGAUAUCUGCUCACUGCGUUCCAUUAUAGAGACCGGGUUUCUUUUGGUUUCGUCGCAAUGACAGCGCGUGACUCUACCAACGUAACCGCCCGUUACAAAGUCCAGCGACACAUCGACACCAUGGUGCUUUUGAAAGAGGACAGUCCAGAACCGGCGGCUACAGUCAGCACGACAGAAAUACCCACGAAGACGCUGCGAGAACUGAUAGAAGCUAAUCAGUUGCUGACGCUACCAAGACUAUCGUCGCAGGCGGUCCUAGAGCAUGUAUGUCCCGUGGAAUGGCGGCCCAACCGCCGCCGCCUGUGCUGCGUGCUGCUGUGCUCGGCCGGCGCGGCGGCCACGGCGGCGCGCUCGGAGCUUAGGCGGCUGGCGAGAACGGCGCCUGAGAGGCUACACUACGCAUAUGUCUAUAUGCACGCGCAGCCUAACUUCGUGCAGGCGCUGGCUAAUGGUUCAGGCAGCGACACAUCCCAAAUGGAGCACCGAGUAGUCAUCCUAUGGCGACGCGAAGCCACUCGCAUACAAUUCGAAUGGCUCAACGAGACCUGGCCCGUGUGUUCCAACGGGCACUGUGACGAUUUCAGUGAACCGACCAAUGUGGUGUACCAGGCGAGGCUGAACGAUACGAAACGAGCGUUGGAACAGUUGGUGAAGAGACUAAUGAAGCCUACGGAGGUGAUGGCUUAUGAGGCGCAUGUACAGGAGUUACUGGACGAAGCGGCCCGCGGGCCGCUGUGGCGCGCCAUGCUGCUGGUGUGCGAGUGGGCGGAGCGCGCGGCGCUGGCGCUGCGCACGCAGAAGGCCGUGUCGCUCGCCUCCGUGCUCGGCACCGUGGCCGUGGUGCUGGCGGCCGGGUACCUCAUGGCGUACCUCAUCCGCGUAGAAGAAGAGUCCGUGCAACAACAGCGAAGCGAGCGGCGCCGGCAGAACGGCAGCGCCAAGAAAAACAACAACGAACCGCAGUCGGAGCUGAGGCUGCACGAGCUUAGGGCGGAGAAAUACAACGGACUCGUCCGCGCCAAGAAAAACAACAACGAGCCGCAGUCAGAGCUGAGGCUGCACGAGCUUAGGGCGGAGAAAUACAACGGACUCGUCCGCGCCAAGAAAAACAACAACGAGCUCCAGUCAGAGCUGAGGCUGCACGAGCUUAGGGCGGAGAAAUACAACGGACUCGUGCGAUUGCUGAAACCUGGGUGCCGCACUAUAGUGCUGCUCGUGGACAUGCAGAGCCGAGUGCAGUUGUUGUCCAAGUUUCACAAGAUCGUCUGGCCGUACCGCAAAAACAAAACCCUCCUCUUCGCGUAUCUCCAAGUAGAAAGAAACAUCGACUGGUUCCGUCGCGUAUUACAACUAUCCCUAGGAGGGCAAGAGUUGCGAGUCAACGCCAGGAACUGCGUGGGCACAGUGCUGGCGCUGAACCCGCACCGCAACUACUUCUGCAUAUACCACGCCAAGCAUCCCGAGGGCGCCAAGCCGCACAAGUUGCGAGUCAACGCCAGGAACUGCGUGGGCACAGUGCUGGCGCUGAACCCGCACCGCAACUACUUCUGCAUAUACCACGCCAAGCAUCCCGAGGGCGCCAAGCCGCACAAGGUUCAAACUCUUAAUAUCGCCGGGUUCCGUCGCUACAGCUGUCUCUAUGAGGGAAGAGUUGCGAGUCAACGCCAGGAACUGCGUGGGCACAGUGCUGGCGCUGAACCCCCGCACCGCAACUACUUCUGCAUAUACCACGCCAAGCAUCCCGAGGGCGCCAAGCCGCACAAGUUGCGAGUCAACGCCAGGAACUGCGUGGGCACAGUGCUGGCGCUGAACCCGCACCGCAACUACUUCUGCAUAUACCACGCCAAGCAUCCCGAGGGCGCCAAGCCGCACAAGAGGAUGUCCCGAAUGACGCGAUCGCUGGGCGCGUCAGCAGACCCCGAGGCGGGCGCGUUCAUCGGCUUCACUGAGCGCGACUCCAGCUCGGAUGAGGCACCGCCGUCGCCGUUGCUGCAAGAGAACCUACUAGACGGCCUGGAGAACUGGCUGGACCGACUGUUCGAAGGCAGCACCCACCGCUAUUACAUCAACUACUGGCCCGACAUGACCUCCAAGUGAAGUCCGACUGAACGUAGCUCCGCAAGUACACAUACAAGGGAACAGAUAUGCUUGAACGCAGAUCAUCAAGUAAACUUUUUUUUAAAUUGGGUGACCAGAACACAUCUUUAUGCCACUAUAAAAAAUGUACACACAUAUAUAAGGUAAAAACCUUAAGUUAACGUCAAGUGUGGCCCCUGGAGACUAAUUACUUUAAACAAUUGUUUUUAGCCAUGAACCAAUUUAGCUAUUUGAAAAAUUAACCUAAUACUGAUUAAUCCUUCAAAAAUCGUAGCAAAGUUCAUAUAAUUGGGUAAUAUUUCCUUUGUCUAAUGUUAUCCUUGCUAUCUCCAGAUAUCCUACUCGACGGAUGAACAAUCAGAAAGAAAAAUAUAAUAUAGUUAAUCAUAAUGUCACAAAUAAAAAAAUGUUGACCUAUACUCAAUACUUGAGAGUUACAC